GAAGCGGAAGAGACGUGGCACAUAAACAGAGAGAGGAAGGAAGCAGCUAGCUGCGUGAAGUUUACUGAUGACAGCUUCUGGAGACGCCUUCCGCGUGAAUGUGACACGGAAGCUUAAAUGACGGUCGUACAACAUUACCUGAAACGAACAGGACUCCUUUAAAGUCUGUGUGACAGCGAAUGUGGCUAUGGGUCUCUGCAAGUGUCCUAAGAGAAAGGUGACCAAUUUAUUCUGCUUUGAACAUCGUGUCAAUGUGUGCGAGCAUUGCCUGGUCUCCAACCACAACAAGUGUAUCGUGCAGUCAUAUUUGCAAUGGCUCCAGGACAGCGACUACAACCCCAACUGCACUCUGUGUAAUAAUCUACUGAGUGCUCAAGACACCGUUAGGCUCGUCUGCUAUGAUGUGUUUCACUGGUCCUGUCUUAAUAACUUGGCCUCUCGGCUGCCCCUCCAUACGGCUCCGGCGGGAUACCAGUGCCCCUCCUGUCAGGGUCCAGUGUUUCCCCCUUCCAACCUUGCCAGCCCAAUUGCUGAUGUGCUGAAAGAACAGCUGUCAUCUGUUAACUGGGCCAGAGCAGGUUUAGGGCUGCCGUUGAUUGAAGAGCCUGUUGGGGUCCUUGAGGAGACCACAGCUAAUGAUGUCACUGAUUAUACUGACUGGUCAACAUUUGAUGCACAAGAACAAAGUAACAUUUACCCCAGCCACUCUUACAACACAAGCCUCAACCCCCCACCAAAUCCUCUCCCACCUCCAGCACAGGAAGACCUGGGAGGUCCUCGAAAAAAUGGGGAACAAAAAAAUAUGCAGGAGCACUCUGUGGUCAACCUCACUAAUGACACUACCCGUGACACAAUUACACUACACGCAGCAUCGUCGCCAAGAAAGAUCUACGACACGCGGGACAUUGGUCACAGCUCUGUCACACAGAUUGACAUUGACGAUGACAAGUACCGACGACGGCCAACGUUAAGUUGGUUUGCUCAAAUUCUCAAAAAUCGCACAGGUGGAAAGCGGACAUCUCUGUCCUGGAAACAGCGGGUCUUCAUGCUCCUUGUGGUAGGAGUUCUGGGAUUCUUUACGUUGAUAAUCAUCAUGGCUAAACUUGGACGUGCCUCCGCUGGCUCCGACCCAAAUUUAGAUCCUCUUCUUAACCCCCACAUUCGUGUGGGGAAAAACUGAAAACAAGCAUUGAUUCCUUCUUUACUUUCUGUGUUGCACAACAUAAGCCUGUGUAGAAUGUGCUGAAAUGGACUUUCUAAUACGUUGAUAGCCCAACAGAGGGAGCUGUUCGCCAAACUUGAGCAGAAAGAAGAAAGAGAUGCUGUACCUUUGUUUAAGAAUGGAUGCAAUCUCUGGCAUCACGCAGUAGGAACAUGCCACGGCCCAUCACAGAACAUAAAAAAAAUCUCACAACAUUCACAAGUUUCCUGUGAGCAAAGCAAAGCAACUCACAAAUGCCAAGGGUGACCAAUGCCAGGUGCAUAUAGAAGCAGGAUCCGGUUAUUGUUGCUCUGAAAAGCUAAAGUUGAAGAGGGGUAGUAUUUAUAUUCACAAAUCCAACUCUAAUUUGUCAGUGACCUUUGUAAGUUGAUUUUUUUUAAGCUCAAUAGAAACUAAAUAAACAUUUCUGAUGAGGAAAAAACAGCGUGUAAGUUAUCGGCAGCCAAAACGUUCAAUAACGUUGACAUGUUUAUAAACUGCCUCCACUCACUGAUUUGAUCUGAGCGGCCGUUGAGUGUUUCUCCUUCAGAGAAGAUGUCACCCUCACAACUGGAAUCAAAUAUACCCCACAGAAAUUUAAUACAUAACUAUUUAUGGGUGUUUGCAUUACUUCUGAAAUUGAGUGCAUUGCUUUUAGAUUUGCGAUACAUACUGUAUGUACAUUUUCCUGAUGUUUUUUUGACUGUCUAUUAAAUGGGGAAUACUACAGAA